AUGUCAGAUGCCUACCGGGACAUUUCGAUCGCUGAAGAGACGACCUCGGUCGCUGCUGGUCUCGCGACGUUCAUGACGAAAACACUCACGCGGACAUGCGCCAGCUGCCUCAUCUUUGGCACCACCAAGCAGCACUGGACGAUACUCCUCGCGCCGCCCGUGCUCAUCCUCACGCUCAGCGCAACCAACUACAACGUACAGGACGCCAGUCGUGUGGUCGUGAACGAGAUAUUGGCGCUGGGUGCAACGACCUACCGCCUUGUGGGUCUGGUUGGUCACCGCGGUACCUCGGUCCUCGGUGGCCACUACGUCGCAUAUGUGCGCCGGUCAAGCGUCUGGCUUUGUAUGAACGACGCCCUUGUCUCGGUCGUGUCGGCUCGCAAAGUCUUUGCCCAGCGCGCCUACGUCCUCUUCUACGAACGCCUUGCCGACGACUCGUGA